UUGAAGCUAAAAAUUUCAAGUCAGCUCUACACUUUAUUCUUCACCGCCUUCACUUUCACUUCCUCUGAAGUGACUGCAAAAAUCUUCAAAAACCAAACCUUUCUUCACCAUAAACCCUACUGUUCUCCUCCCCUACAAGUUUCUCGAACCUCAUAGCAGAACCAAAUCCCCUAAAUUUUCUCCUCUAAAGUUCAAAAUUCAAAUACACCAAUAAUGACAAAGGUUUACGGUACCGGAACCUACGAUUUCCGGCGCCACCGCGUGGCUGAGUACCCGGUGGAAGCAUUACCGCAGCCGGCGGAGCAAAUGCUGCCUUCCGUAACAGACAGGCCGCCGGAGUCGAAGCCCGGUUCGAACAUUCCUAGCUCCAUAACCCUUGCUGAGAUCCAGCGCGACCGCUUGACUAAAACCGCUGCUUCUAAUUGGGCCAAAACUGGGGAGAAGAAGCCCUUUAGUCCUGAGCUCGUCAAAGAAAUUUAUGACACGGAGCUCACCGUAAAAGGGGGGAGAAAGACGGUUCCUCUGCAGAGGGUGAUGAUAUUGGAGGUUAGCCAGUAUUUGGAGAAUUAUCUUUGGCCCAAUUUUGAUCCAGAGGCUUCUUCCUUUGAGCAUGUGAUGUCAAUGAUACUGAUGGUCAAUGAGAAGAUCACACCUUUCUCCAAGAGAAAGCUUUGA